AUGAAUUAUCAUACAUCAAAACCUGAAACUGAAAGUGCCAUUGAUAGAUCAAUUCCAGAUUUCCCUGGUGCUGAACCUAUUGAUGAAAAGAAUUACUUCAGUGCCAAUAAACCUCCUCCAUAUUUAUCUGAAAUUGAAGACCAAAUCAAAGACUUCAUAGAGGUACAUGUUAAAUCAGGUAAAAGAGUAGUAUUAGUCACCUCAGGUGGUACUACUGUUCCAUUAGAAAAUAAUACUGUAAGAUUUAUUGAUAACUUUAGUGCUGGUACUAGAGGGGCCACUUCAGCUGAAUAUUUUCUUGAAAACGGUUAUGCUGUUAUAUUCUUACAUAGAGAAUUUUCUUUGUUACCUUAUUCACGUCAUUAUAGUCAUACAACCAAUUGUUUCUUAGAUUAUAUGAUUGAAGAAAAUGGUAAGGUAGAGAUAAAUCCUCAAUUCAGUGAUAAAAUGUUAACGGUGUUAAGGAAAUAUAAUAAUGCUAAAAACUCCAAACUGUUAUUAUUAAUACCUUUCACAACGGUUAAUCAAUAUCUUUUUACUUUAAGAAGUUGUUCCACCUUAUUGGAAAAGUUAUCCACUAAGGCUUUGUUUUAUCUUGCUGCUGCAGUGUCUGAUUUCUUUUUGCCAAUGUCAAGAUUACCCCAACAUAAGAUUCAAAGUCAAGCUACAGGGAAAUUAGUGGUAGAUUUAGAACAAGUACCUAAAUUUUUGAGUAGAUUAGUGGAUGAUUGGGCCCCUAGAGCAAUGAUAGUUUCAUUUAAAUUAGAAACCGAUGAUAAUAUUUUGAUUUCUAAAGCUAAAGGUGCUUUAGAAAAGUAUCAACACCAAUUAGUGAUUGGAAAUUUACUUCAAACUAGAAAACGUGAAGUGGUAUUUGUCACUUUAGAUAACGAAGAUUGGAUAAGAUUGUCUGAUGAUCAAGCAGAAAAGGCAAUGGAGAUUGAAGAGUUGAUUAUACCAAAAGUUAUUGAACAACAUGAUUCAUGGAUUAACCGUAAUUAA